CGGUGCAGCAGGCGGAAGGAAAAGUAGUGCUAGCAUGAGUGCAAGUCGUCAAAUUGGAGCAGAAAAAAAUGAGGAAAGAUAUAAUUAAAUAAUUGUAAGUAUCCACAUUUUAGCUAGGGAGAUCGAUACUCAAAAAUGAGCAGCCUGGAUCCAAGCUGCCCUCGUUACAGCAAACCUGAAGACAGAGAAUGAACAGAAAAGUCAUCAAAGCCCAAGUGGUGGGGAUGCGGCGCAACAUUCGGGCCAGAGCGUGGAAGUCAACCUGUGAAAAAGAUGGGCAUUAUGAAAACGUAACUGUUGCCCUCUGUGAUGGUAAGACCGCUUUUAAGAUGACUCUUUUCAGUCAUCUGGCUCGCCGAGUCACAGAGGGCAACAGUUACGUUUUCGCCCAUUUCAUGGCGGAGACCAACAAGCCAAAUGUGCUGCUCUGUCAAAAGAGCAGCAAAAUAUACGUCAGGGCGGAGGUGAAGUGCAGCGAUGCCUUAAGGGCUGAGGCACGCGCACUAAUUUUCCCCCCGUCGUUGGCAAUGCCCCUCAGCGAGGUGAUCAGAAACCCUCUUGAGGGGCUGGUAAACGUUGAGGGACAGGUCGAAAGUAUGCGUCCAAUCCGCAUGGUGCGCCAGAGAGGGAACAACCUUGCGCCAUUUCGGGCUUUGACACUCAAAAAAGAUGAAGCCGCUGUCAAAAUUGGCCUUUGGCGGGAGGCUAAUCUCGUUGAAUUAAAAGUAGGGGGUUCCUUCGUUUUCACCCACCUGAGUGCCCGGGUGAACGAUUCGGGAGUAAUGCUCCACUCUACGACUUUCACAGAAAUAAAGGCCUGCAACUCCAGCCUCAUCCUAAAUGUCUGUGGUAUCCUCUAUGGGGAAGAGGUGGUGGAGGUUGUGUCCGAUUCGGGCGAAGUGACAAGCAUCAAGCUUGAGAUCUGGCAGAAAACUUUCAGCCAGCCCCCGAAGAUACCACAAGAUGGGCUGGCCAUCACUGUCACACAUGUGCAGGUUUUUCCGUGUUUCCUCCACAUGUUCCCUUUGUCAAGACAGGAGUUUGGCCCCUGCGGUACUGAACCUUGAUGGGAUUUGGCCUGUCUUGCCAGAGAAAUGACACAGCACAGCGACAGCCAAGUCUUUCAAAAGGACUCGUACGAUGGAGGCCAGCAUCAUGGAACGCAAACUCCCAAACCAGCGUGGCAAUUGUGACUUCUGCUGAUUCUUCUACGGAACAAUCAAGGGCACCUCUGGCAGCUCUUCGCUUUGACUUUGACAUCUACCUCUUUUAUUUUUAACAUGCUGUCUUUUAUGUGCCCUCUCUGCAUCCAUUGCAGCCUGGUGAUUCUGAAAGGGGGAUCCUCCCAUCUGUGGUCCCUUCUCAAGGAUUCUCAUUUUUCCCCUGGUGUUUUUUGUUUUAGUUUUUCCUUGCCCUUUUGGGAGCUUAAGAUCAGGGGAUGCUUUGAGAAUAAUUGCCAAUUUGUCUAUGUAAAGCCCUUUGAGACUGCUUGUGAUUUAGGGCUAUGUAAAUAUAUUUUACUUGACUUCUAUGGAAAAUUGUCAGGAAGCCCUUUUUAGUUUUGCUGGUUUUCCUCACCUCCAUGUUUUUAUUGUAUCUUCUUGGGUAUUGCCUGGCCUUUGACUGUUGGAAACUUGCCCCUCUGGUUUUACUCUUUUAAGUCUCAAAUACGUACAGUCUGUUUUCUGUUCACCUUUAUUUAUUUGUUUGAUUGCUUAUUUAUUGUUUAAUCAUACAUUUAUUUGGUUACUUUUUCAGCAAUGCUUUGAACUCUGAAGUCGUAAUCAUUUUGAUUUGCACAAUUGUUGGACUUCAUACAUUUCUUUGCCUCAAACCAUGUUUACAUUAUCUUUUGUAUAUGUAUCUCAAGUCUGUCUAAUACAGGGGUGGGCAAACUACGGCCCGCGGGCCACAUCCGGCCCACGGGACCGUUUAAUCCGGCCCGCCAAUCCUGAACAAAUUGUAUUAUUAAACUUUUUUUUUUU